UUCCCAGUAGACUGCAGUAGUAAACAGAGUGAGCCUCUCAGCUUUGUCACGUUGUUUCAAUCCCGCCGUCUGUCAGAUUAACGCCCGCAGUUUUCACCCAGAAGAACGGGGUUAUUUUAGGAACUUGAAACACACACACACACACUCCGGGACUAAAACUUUCACCACCUGCUGCCGAUCGGAGGAGAUAUUGAUUGGUUCUUCCGCUGAAACUCAAAGGGGUUACCUUUUUCCUGGAAACUGGCGUUUUCUAUGGUUUGCCACCACCCAGACUGCCAAGACCUGAAUAACAAAAGUCCCCUUCACCUGUGCGAGUCAUGUGACUCACGCAGCCAUUCAGAGAACACCGACAACAUGCACUUUGACAGGCACCCCCGAUUUGACUUACAACCUCAAGCCUCCAUCCUGGCUCGGAACGUGUCCACGCGCUCCUGUCCCCCGCGCACCAGCCCCCCCUCCGACCUGGAGGAAGAGGAUGAGGGGAGCAAUGACCGCGGGGAGCGUAAAUCAGGGGUGAUGAAGUUGAAAAAGAAGCCACGGAGACGACACACCGACGACCCCAGUAAGGAGUGCUUCAGCCUUAAGUUUGAUCUCAACGUGGACAUAAACACAGAAAUUGUACCUGCAAUGAAAAAGAAAACCCUGAGAGAGGUUCUAGGUCCAGUGUUCGAGAGGAACGGCAUCGAGCUGUGCCGGGUCGACUUGUUCCUGGAUCAGUCCAACACGCCGCUGUCCCUCAACUUUGAGGCCUACCGUUUCGGAGGACACUACCUCAAAGUCAAAGCCCGACUAGGUGACGAGCUGAAGGUGGAGCAGAGUGUGAAGGACUUGCGAUCGCUCAGUCUGCCCAACAUGAAGCCCUCUGAAGGGCAGAGCCCUUACAUCCUCACCCCGGGCAGCGAGAGGGUGGAGCAUGGGUCUCUGGGGCGCAAAGAAAACGUGGAUCUGUUGGGUCAGGCUCGACGCAGGAAGAACAUGACAGAGUACCUGGGAGAGACGAAUAUUCCCACCCCUGAAGCUCUGGGAGGGGUCGGUGGCUCUCUGAGCGGCGUCGGGGCCGGUCCAGACAGCUGGAAGAACCGUGCCGCCAGCCGCUUCAGUGGCUUCUUCAGCUCCAACGCUGGAACGGGGCCCUUCGGCAAGGAGGCUGACCGUCUGGAGCAGAUCCAGAGCAAACUCAACUCCUACAUGUUGUUCGGACUGCCCAAGGUGCCGCAGCAGCUCUCCUUCCACCAGGACUCCUGGGAGGACGAGGAGGAGGAGACCAACCUGAGCCUGGAGGACAGUUGGCAGAUGCUACUGGACAACUCGGAGUCCCUGACACGGCGACAGUUCCACCAGCAGGAGGCGAUAUGGGAGCUGCUGCAGACGGAGGCAACCUACAUAAAGAAACUCCGAGUCAUCACUGAUCUGUUCUUGUGUGGGCUGCUGAACCUGCAGGAGAGCGGUCUGCUGACGGAGGUGGAGCCCGCCAAGCUGUUCAGUAACAUCCAGGAGCUUGUCCGCCUCCACACGUCCCUGUGGAACCAGGUCAUGCUGCCCGUCCUGGAGAAGGCCAGGCAGGCCCGGGCUCUGCUCGACCCCACCGACCUCCACCACGGCUUCAGGACGUUUGGCUCCAGGUUCCAGCCCUACAUCCGUUACUGCAUGGAGGAGGAAGGCUGCAUGGAGAACAUGCGCACGCUUCUCAGGGACAACGAGCUCUUCAGGACCUACGUCACGUGGGCGGAGACCCACAAGCAGUGUAACCGUCUGAAGCUGGCCGACAUGUUGGCGAAGCCUCACCAGAGACUCACCAAAUAUCCACUCCUGCUGAAGAGUGUUCUCAAGAAGACGGACGAGCCGUCGGCCCGCGACAUCGUCAACAGCAUGGUGGCUGCAGUCGAGGGCUUCAUCAACAGCGUGGAGUCCAAGAUGCGACAGCGUCAGGAACAACAAAAGCUGGCCACCAUUUCUGCCCGACUAGACUCCUACGAGGCCGUAGAAGGCAGCAGUGAAGAAGUGGAGAAGAUCCUCAAGGAGUACAACCGCUUCGACCUCAUGGCUCCCAUGAGAGGAACUUCCCCGGAGGAGACUCGACAGCUGCAUCUUGAGGGAGCGCUGAAGAUGAAAGAGGGCAAAGACAGCAGGAUGGACGUCUAUUGUGUCCUGUUCACCGACCUGCUGCUGAUUACCAAGCCGGUGAAAAGAGUGGAGAAAGUCAAAAUCAUCCGCCAGCCUCUCCUCAUCCACAAUGUCGUCUGCAAGGAGCUCAAAGACCCUGGCUCGUUCAUCCUCAUCUACCUCAAUGAGUUUAAGAGUGCAGUGGCAGCUUACACUUUCCAAGCCAACAGCGCCGCCCAGGGGCGAAGUUGGACCGAUGCAAUCUGCAACGUCCAGAACCAGCUCCAGAGGCUUCGCACUGAGGAGGUCCUCCGGCAGCAGAACAACCUGAAGAGAAGUACGGAGGGCGAGGAGGAAGAGGAGGAGGAAGAUGAGAGCAGCAACUCAAGUUCCCCAUGCGUGAGGCACAAAAACCAGCAAAACUCAAGUCAAUCGGAUGGUUCCACUGAGACCCUGUCAGUGAUGGACAUUGAUGAACCAGGCGAACACCCAGAGCCUCCCUCCCCCAUGAACCUCGAGGGAACCAGUGAAAAAGACUCUGAUGUGGAUCCUCCCUCUGAAAGGUCCGAGGUGCAGCAGUCUCAGUCCACGAGCCCCCUCAGAGUUCACUCCAGUGUUUUCUCGGAGCACGAUGAGGAGACGGGGCCUGGCGGCAAGGACCUGGACCCCCAGUGUCGCUCGCUCUCCAUGGACAGCGCCUACGGUACGCUCUCCCCUAAAUCCCUCCUGGAAGAUCUUCAGCCUCAACCCGGCCAGAGUGAAGGAGAGGAGGCCGAGGAAGAGGAGGGAGACGGGGAGGUCAUGGAGGCAGAAUUACACGAGGUAGAAGAGGAGGAGGAGGAGGAGGAGGAGGAGGAGGAGGAGGAUGCCGCCUCACUGGGGUCCCAGGUGUCAGUAGUCCAGUCCUCUAAACCUCGCAGACGGCCUCAUGUUCAGCCACGACUGCACUGCCUCCAGGGUCUGUCCACUCUGGCCUUGUCCCGCUCUGAGGACAAUCUGCUGCAGCGCCUCUAUGGUAAAACCCCCUCAUCCUACACACACCCACUCAGCUCUAAGGCGCAGGACCAGUUGAAAUGUAGGGACAUGGACACAUCGCCGCUGGCACACAGUAGAAGCCUGACGGAGCUGGGACAGAACUGCACGGAGCUGUUUUCCAGUGACCUCGACCAGUCUGACGACUGCUCAAGCACGACCUCCGGCAAACUCUCUGCCACCCUGAGGAGGGCGGAGGUCAGGCACGGCCACACGGCGCCCACAGAACCAUGCGAUGGCACCGAGUCCCAAAGCAACAGUUCAGACGGGGAAACGGCUUCAACUGCCUGCGAAGAAAGGAAAGAAGAGUCGACAGCCACCGGUGAUUCGGGGGAAAUGUCGCCUAAAAAGAGGAAAUCACCGGCACAGCAGCACAAGAAGCUGACGCUAGCUCAGCUGUAUAGGAUACGCACCACUCUUGUCCUCAACUCCACACUCACUGCAUCGGAGGUAUAACCACUCUUCCAAACAGCUGAUCAGUGGCAUGUGGACAUAAUAAGGAACACUUGUUUUGCUUCGAUGGACUGAAUUUCUUGAGACACGAAUGCACUCUCUCUUGCUGCCCUCUCCCUUCUGGUUGCUUUUUUUGGACACUGAUCGUACCAUUAUUGCAUUUUGAACAUUUUCUUUCUUUGCUGUUGCAUUGGUUCCCGAAUUUCUCGAAUGGAAGGGAGAGGCAGAGAGACAUUAACUGCUUGCACUUUGCAACGGAAGUAGCAUUAUUGGGGCUGGGACCUUAAGGCGGACUGGGGGGGAGGAGUGUGACCCGGACUGGAAGUGUAGCUGAAUCCUGCAUCUUCUCCGUCACCAGAGUCAAAGAGAAGAACACUGAGUCUUGAAAAUGCUCUCUACACGUGGCAAAAAAACAAAAACAAAAAAAACAACAGCACCGAGGACAUCCUCCUAAUAUUUAUACUACUCCUGGUUUGCUUUAACAAAAAAGAAAAAGAACAUUGCACAGUUAUCUAUGUUAAGUAAAAGAAUCACUAAGGAGUGAAUAUACAUUUACAGUCACACAAUGGAUUAGAAUUUAUUGUUUGCUGUUUGUGUCUGUUCAUGUACAGGUGUGUGUGUGAGUGAAUGUGUGUGUGUGCGUGUGUGCGUGUUUGAAUGUCUAGUGUUCGAAUGAUAACAUGGUCCUCGAUUCCUGACUGAACCAAAACUGAUUCCCAUCUCCUGUGAACACACCCAACAAUGGAAGUAGCCGGAAGA